AUGCGGAGCCAGAAUUUCGGGUGUGAGAGGGAAGACUGGGCGCGAGUCUGCGGCGUGGCAACGAUCCGCCCCGUACCCCGUUCCCAAGACGAGACAAACGAGAAGCCGAGACCCGCCCGAUUCGAACUCGACCCUCUCGGCGAUCUUUCUCCACCCCUCCGGAGGCAACGCGGCGCAGUGUCGACCGGCGCAGCGCCAGCACGGCCCAAUAACUUGAGGCAGGCAGCAAAGACACGAUGCCUGCUUGGGAAGGUGGUUAGACCGGGCGACUGUGGUGCGGCGCAGCGCGGUGCUGCUGCUCCGGCGCCCCCGGCGGAUCACCUGAACGACUUAGGACUGCCGCGCUACCAUUCAGGCGGGGCAAGAAUGCAACCCUUCGGCGGCUAUCUCGCGCAACCAACCCCGUGCGUUGCCUGCUGCACCCGUCUCUCUGUCCAGCUCGGGCCCCCAUCUGUUUUCCGUGAAUGCCGGGCCGGAACGAGCAUUCCUUACGGCGUCCUUCUUGUCGACUCUCGGUUCUUGUGGAGUCCGUCCCUCUGGCGAAGUUCCUCGGUGCAAGGAAUUACACAGUAUGUCUCCUGGGGCGUCUAG